AUGUCGACAGCAGCUGUCUUUGGCUCCACUGGAGCAGUGGGCUCCCAGAUCCUUGCAACCCUUCUCGCGUCAGAUUCAUUCGCCUUCGUCAAGACGGUAUCAAGGAGAGCCCCAAACCUACAGUCCUCAAAGCUUGAGGCUCUGCAAGAAAGUGACACCUCGAAAUGGGGUGACAUGAUUGCCCCAUUGUCACCCAAGCCGUCUGUGGUAUUCAACGCGGUGGGAACCACUCGAGCUGCAGCUGGCGGCAUUCAAAACCAGUGGAAGAUUGACCAUGAUUUAUGUAUCGAGAAUGCCCGGGCCGCCAAGGCUGCGGGAGUGAAGACAUAUGUCUUCAUAUCCAGUACCGGGACCCGGGGCUUCCUCUCCGCUCGUUUCCCUUAUUCGAAAAUGAAAGUCGGUGUGGAGGAUGCCAUCAAGGAACUGAGUUUCGAUCAUGCCAUUAUCCUGAGGCCGGGAAUGAUUCUCGGGCGAGACGUGCCCAAGGCUGCAUUCUUUGAAAGCAUCGUAGGAAACCUCAACAAGCUGGGACAGGGUCUCCAGGACCGACUUGGCCAAGACCAAACUGUUAUCGGGAGGGCCGCUGUAGCAGCGGCGAGAAUUGCUGAAGAAGGAAAGGCUCCUUCGGCGUUCUGGACUUUGGAACAGGCUGAUAUUGUCAGAUUGGGCAGAGAGGAGUGGAAGGAGUAA